AUGGAAGGGACGGGAUCUGGGAAAAAGGAGGAAGAAAUCAACUUUAAGGUGACUGACUGUGAGUUGGAAAAGAAGUUGGAGGAAUGCCAGCGUAUGGCAAAUGAGUUUGUUGAAUUGGAGAGGAGGAGAAUGGAAGAAAGGAUAUUGCAGCAGCAGCAGGAAGCUGAAAUGCUUAGGUGGUGGUUGGAGGAAAUUGAGCUUGAGCUAUGCCGCUCAGGUGAUGGAAAUGGUAAGGAGAGUGGGACAAAGGACCAUGAUGGAACCCACAGUUUGCCAAAAGGUUGUUAG